AGCUCGCCUCGGCAUUCCAAUGAGGGUGAGGGCAUCGCGUUUGCUGCUACUGUCUGUCGCGUUCCUCGCGGGGGCGGGGGGCGUGCAGCUUGCUGUCGCGCCCGCCUCGCGCGCCGCGCGCGCCGCUGCUCCGCGCUGCUCCGCGACGCAGCCUAGCGAAGCAGCCGUGGUGACCGCUGCAGCGGCGGGGGCCAAGGCGAUGGAGCAGGCGCGCGCCGCGGCAGAGGCUGCGGUGUCGCCGCCGGCUGCAGCGUCGAAGCGCAAGGGGGCGCAGACCUUUGGAAAGCCGCUGGUGAUUGGGCUCUCGCACAAGACGGCGACGGUCGAGGUGCGCGAGAAGCUCUCGAUCCCCGAGGCUCAGUGGAACGAGGCGGCGGCGGCGCUCGUCGGGUACGAGACGGUGCAGGAGGCCGCCAUCCUCUCCACCUGCAACCGCUUCGAGGUGUACAUAGUCGCCGAGGACCACUACGCCGCGACGCGCGACGUGCUCUCCUUUUUGAGAGGCCACUCCGGCCUCGAGGCCGAGACGCUGCGCCCAAACCUAUUCAUGCUGCAGGACGAGGAGGCGACGCUGCACCUGCUCCGCGUCUCGUCCGGCCUCGACUCCCUCGUCGCGACCAAGAAGCUCAAGUCGCUCGACCCGAAGCAGCGGCAGGCGGUCGAGGUGCUCACCAAGGGCAUCAUCAACAAGCUGCUGCACGCGCCGAUGACCUACCUCCGCUCGGACGAUGCCGACGGGACAAAGGCGACCGUCGACCAGAUCAACGCCCUCUUCCAGACGGGCGACCGCGCGGACGACAAUCGCCGCGGCGGGCGGCGCUGAGUGUCUGGACUCUCCUCACAUCGGCUCUACCCCCUCUUCUCUGCUCGCCGACCCACCGCGCCAAUCCAACCCCCUACCCACCCUCCGACACACAUGCUCCGACACAUGCGAUGCCCGACACAUGCGCGGUGCGCGUUGUGCGUCAGGGCGACACUCGACUCGAGACACCGACGCCGGCGGGUGCCGAGGCCCUAUCUUCUGUGCGAGGGUGUUUGUGUUUUUUGUAAGAUGAUUCUGCGAUUGCGUU